UUUAUAGAUUAUAUCUGCUGAGGUGGAGGUGCCAUAUUACUAAAGUAUUGAUUAGAUUAGGAAUCAUAAGAAGGCCUCACACGCUUUCACAUAUACACACAUUCUUUCGAAGAUAUUCAUGCACACACAAACUUGCACAAGCUUGUACAGUUUGCACAAAUAGCAAAAGCUGUCCUCCAAAAUCUGAUUGAAGUCUACUGUACAGAAAACAGAAUACAAAUGGAGACACAAGAAAAUAAAAUAAAAAUAAAUCCUUUCCUAUCUAUUCAUACUUGUGAUAAGUGUCAGAGAGAAGGACAGAUAAGUCAGGUGUAAUAAGGUGAGAGGUCUUUGCUCUAGCUCCGCCUCUCUCCUUGUCCACGGCCCAAUCCAAUGGGAUGAUAUCCCAAGGAUCUCCCUAUGUCACAUCUGUGGCAUUUAGAUGAAAUAGACAGUAAGACAAAAAAGAAAGGAAGAGAAGAGGAGUUGAAACAGGAAUGAAGUAUCCUCCUGCUUCUCAGAGUAAAUCGCUGUUAGAAAUGGAAGUAGCUAACUACUGCGAAGGCCUGGAUCCAUCAUACAGCACUCUGGGCUUUGAGAAUGCAGAAGUGCUCUAUGGGGGAGGGGACAGCAUGCCAACAGAGCCGAGCCACCCUGGUCCAGAAGGGCUCAGCAGUAACUGUGCGAUCUGUGGAGACAAAGCUACAGGCAAACACUACGGGGCGUCCAGCUGUGAUGGCUGUAAAGGCUUCUUCAGACGCUCCAUACGCAAGAGCCACGUGUACACCUGCAGGUUCAGCAGACAGUGCAUUGUGGAUAAAGAUAAGAGGAACCAGUGUCGUUUCUGCAGACUCAACAAAUGCUUCAGAGCUGGAAUGAAAAAAGAAGCCGUACAGAACGAGAGAGAUCGGAUCAGCUCCCGAAGAAGUAUCGCUGACUCCCAAGACCUGCCACCUAUUACUGUUUUGGCACAAGCAGAAUCAUUAUCCCAACAGAUCACCACUCCAGCAGGACUGGCAGACAUAUCUGAGCUGAAAUCGGCCACUGUAGGGGAUGUUUGUGACUCUAUGAGGCAGCAAUUGUUGGUGUUGGUGGAAUGGGCCAAAUAUAUUCCUGCAUUUGGAGAGCUGCCACUGGAUGACCAGGUGAGCUUGCUCAGGGCUCAUGCAGGUGAACACCUCUUGCUCGGGGUUGCCAAAAGGUCAAUGCCAUUCAAGGACUUCCUACUUUUAGGUAAUGGCUUUGCGAUUCACAGGAACAGCCCUGAACCUGAGAUUUGCAGGGUAGCCAACAGAGUCCUAGAUGAGCUGGUCCAGCCGUUUCAAGACAUUCAAAUAGAUGACAAUGAGUAUGCAGCUCUUAAGGCAAUUGUCUUCUUUGACCCAGAUGCAAAGUCUUUGAGGGACCCCUCAAAGAUUAAGGCCAUGCGUUUGCAGGUUCAGAUGAGUCUGGAAGAUUACAUAAAUGACCGUCAGUACGACUCCAGGGGCCGUUUUGGUGAGCUUUUACUCCUGCUGCCCACCCUACAGAGCAUCACCUGGCAGAUGAUUGAACAGCUCCAGUUCAUUAAGCUCUGUGGCCUGGCCAAGAUCGACAACCUGCUGCAUGAGAUGCUUCUGGGAGGACUAGCAACAGAACCCACACACCUGCACCACCCAGCACACACCCAGUUGGCCCAGGACCCUGUAACUGGACACACACUGGUCAUCAGCACCAUGCCUGUUGUUCACACUCCUCAAAUAGCAUCACCAGACACUCCCAUCCCAUCACCCCCGCAGGGUCCUGCCCCAGAAAUGUACAAACACUUUCUCCAGCCUCUGUGUCCUCCAGCGAGCCCAUCACAGUCCACGCAGACGGACCCCUGAUUCUUUCCCCCACCAUGUCAAGGAGGCUGACAUGAGAUCAGUUUUCUUGUUCAUUACUGCAGAAUGAAAAUUAUGAAAGCAUGCUCUGUUCCGUGUGUGUGGUUAGACUAUAUCCUGCUUCUUCUCCCUGUGACUGCUCUAGUAACAAUAGCCCUAAGAAUAAUCAUAGCAGCCAUGUGUAGCAUUUUUUUGGAGCUCUCUCCAACAGGGCUAAUUUGCAGCUGAGAGUUUGGGUGUGCUGAUCAGAUCAGGCUCUAGACUGUGUUACAGCUUUACAAAAACCUCAUCAGUCCCGUAGUCAUCAUGUAGCAGCAGGAAUGGUGAGUGUGUUUGCAAUGAUGGCACAGCAUUAACUUUAGCUAAAUUCUCUAAAUAUCCCAAAGUGACAGCAGGAUCAGACAGCUAGAAGUGUGUUACAUGCUCUUCAAAGCAACAAUUUCUCCCGAAUUCCAGAUUUAAAUGUAAAUUCAUCUGGAGUAAUACAGCUGUCCCCAGGAUGAGUCCUGAGCUCCAUCAUGUGUGCAGAUUUACAAAAUUAUACAACUCUGACUGAAAAUCACUUGUAUUCAUUAAUUUCACAUCACAUAAACUAUUACAGUGAGUUUUCAUUUUUACCACUCUGAGUUAUUCUAAUAAAUAUUUGUUCUUGUGCCUUUCAUACAGCCCAUAUACCAAGAAUAAAUAAAGCAUGCUGGUGCAUGAAGUUUGCAGUUCUCUUAGCUGAUGUGAGAAACAGGGGUGCUGCCAUGCUGAUCUGUUACUUGCAACAGUCUCUAAAUCAAGCCAGUGCAGACCCUACUGGUCCAGCCUGACCUAAACCAUAAAUACAUUUGGGGUCAGAGCUGCAUGUUAGGUAGUGAAGAUAAAAGCUUGCAGAAGAAAAUGGUGCAGUAAAUGCCAAUACAUCAAAUUACACUACUAUGUCAAGAGGCAAAGCAUCCCUGUUAGUUUCAGUGGAUUUCCAUUGAACUAACUGGAUAGAAGAGGAUCAUGCAAACACAGAAUGGACAGAAUGGAUCCCUUGCUAAUAUGUAACUCCAAAACAAUUUUGUUGUUAGCUGAACUUGCACAUUAUAUAUAUAUAUAUACAAGGAUACUCUCUCUCUUUGAGAGAGAGUAUUUUAUUGUGCUGUUUGUGCAAACAUGCAGUUCUUGAUCAGAUUUCUUGCGCAUCUUAAAGGAAAGUAGAGCCAUCAAAAUUCAAUUCACCUCCUAGAAUUUUAUGGCUACAUCAGACUGUUUUGUAAACUUUUUGUGUAUUGUUUCAUUUUAUUGUGGAUAAUUAUCACAUACAUGUACUUUAGUGAUAAAAAAAAAGUGCUUCAAACUCUGGAUUGUUUGAACUGCAGAUUUUCUGUUUUGAUGUCUUUAUUAAUUUGGCAACCUUAAUGAUGGUCCUAUGUGUGCAGUACAUCACUAAUCAAAUGCUGUAUAAAUGUCUAAAAUGUUAUGUAAUCAAAAGUAUCAUGGAGGCAGCAGUAAAAGAAUAUUUUCAAAGAAAUCUUCACAAUGUGACAGCUACUCUUUAAAAAGUUACACUUGCAUCUGCAUGCACAGUUUUGCAUUAACUUUGUGUAUUAGGAUCUAUAAAACCUGCAGUUUCAACAAAUUAAUUAUUUAAAUAUA